AACGUGGACGCCAUCGCCUCAGGUGGCUUCAACAUAAGCUGAUUAAUGUGGUUUACACCGGCUAUGCAUUUCCACCGUCUGUCAGACGACGAACCUGGUCCUAUAUUGUGUCCCCUUCAGUCACAUGCAACUAUGGCAUGCCCACUAUAGGACUUGGAGACCAGUGUUUUGCCUGGAUGUAACAUAUGACCAUUGCUGCUGUACUACAAGCGUGAAGAAUUCGGAAUCAUCUUAAUUCCUAAGGAGAAUGAAACAGUUUAAGAGGAAAAGGAAAAGUAACUUUACAAUGAAGGAAACUGAAACCUUGCUGAAAGAAGUGGAACAGAGACGAGAUAUCAUUUAUACACAACAUCACGAUGCAAUAACCAAUGAGUUAAAAUGGAUGGCUUGGAAGGAAAUAUCAGAAAAAGUCAGUGCUGCAAGUGGCGGUGAACAGCGUACUGCGUAUGAAGUAAAGAAGAAAUAUACCGAUUUAAAGUGUUAUCUGAAGAAGAGGGGAGAAUGCUUGGACCGAAUGGAAAUGAUGAUGACUGACUACAGUCCUCUUUCAAUAAAUGGUUUUAGCCACAGUGCAGUGGAUGGUGAAACAUCUUGCAAGUUUGACAAUUCAUUACUGGUGGAGGAACAUAACCGACCACUAUAUGUGGUUAAAGUAGAAGAAGACAAUGAUAAGGAGGAGGAGGAACCACAAAAUAUAGAGGACAGCAAUACAGAAAGAGAGUUUAGUGUAUUUGCUGGGCAGCUUAUAACUGGAGUGGCCGAAGAUCCUGACAAUUUUUCAGAGGUUGAAAGAGAAUCUUCAAACUCCGAACAGGCUACACUGCAGAAUGGCGAUUCACAUGCACUUUUGUCUAUAGAGAAACAGCGUCUAGAGCUGGAGAGACGGCGCUUAGACAUCGAAUUGGAAAGACUCCAGGUUGAGAAAGAGCGUUUGCAGAUUGAGAAAGAAAGGUUGCAUCAUCUAGAUAUUGAAAAUGAGAGACUGCAGUUGGAAAAGGAACGCUUGCAGCUAGAGAAAGAGAGGUUGCACAUCAAAAGAGAGAAACUCAAGCUUUUGUCCAAGCAGACAAGCAAACCACGACCAGAGAAGGAAUGUCCUUUGCAGAAUGAAAUGCAAAAUUUUACACCUGUGAACAUUGAAACAGAAAAGCUGAAGCUAGAAAGAGAGCGUUUGCAACUAGAAAAGGAGAGAUUGCAGUUUUUAAAUAUUGAGAAUGAAAAGCUGCAGAUAGAGAAAGAACGGCUCCAGAUUGAACGAGAACAUUUGCAGUUGCAAAAAGGUUGCCAAAGGCAAUGAUUCCUUUCAACUGUUUAAGAACAUAACUUGAUUUUUAAAAAAUUGAGACUAACCCACACUAAAUUGAUCUUAGUUUCAAAGUGUAUCAGCAUGUAAUAUGUAAGGCUUAUGAAUGACUUUCCUACAAUUUAUGAAUGCAAUUUAUAUAUUUUUAAUCAGUGAUUUUCAGCA